AUGGCUGCUCUUGCCUCAUUUACACGUAACAGCCGAAGUUAUGGACAGCAACCGAUUGAUGUCACACAACAGGGUCAAAGAGACCGAAGUGUAAUGAGUCUGGAUGCACAAGGACGAUCAAAAAUGUCCAACAUCAACUACACUCGUCCGGCAGCUCUAUCUACCUCAGAUUCCACAAUCGGCGUCUUUCGCCGCGCGCCGUCAUCUUUUUCUGGAGCUUCUUCUUCAAGCUCCAACCAUCAUCAUCCAGUUUAUCAUUCACACAACUCAUUACCACCAACUCUCAUAGGAGGAUCACCACACUCAGCAAGCAGUAACAGUCUUGCACAGGGUCACCGUAAUCCGGCACUUGGAUCAGGCAACACUCUCACACGAAGUUAUCAUCAACCAUCUUCGACAAACUCCUCAACGAGCAAUCUCCACGGGCCAUUAGGUACCUAUUCGCGUGAUUUGAAGCAAGCAAUUCGAGAUAUAUCUCCUCCAGUUAUAAACUCAUCCGCCAAUCCACACCUCGUCAACUACAUUCACACAUCAUCCUUCGACAACGGAUCUUACGAGUUUCCAAGUGGACAAGCUCAACAGCAACGUCGUCUUGGUGGAUCUCAACAACACUUGGCUCCACUUCAACAGACAUCGUCAUCACUUUACUCAAAUCCACAGUCUUCAAGUUCUCAACUUCUUGGUCAGCAAGCCGUUCGAUCGAACUACGCUUAUCAGCAAUCCUUGCCACGUCAACAACACAUCAAUAGUCACCAGACCCAGGCGUUUUUUGGAACAAUCCGCGCUCCAGGGAACUCGACGAACAUUGUCACACCUCUACGCGCAUCCAAAACGAUGAUUGACGUGUUAGCGCCAGUACGAGACUCGGUAGCUGCACAAGCAACUACAGGAGCACUUCCCAGUGUUGGAACCAGUUCUUCCAAUGGCUCGUCCAAUUCGUCAUCUGGCGUUGGAUCGGGAGGAUCUGGAAGUCUAAUGACGCAGUCGAUCGGUGGGCCCAAUAAACAUUUGUCAGCAUCGCACUCCACACUCAAUACUGCUUCAACACACGAUUCCAUGAUGCACACCAAAAUCCCAAAGAGUCCAAGCAAUGAGAGUUUAAGCCGAUCACACACUUCCUCAUCUGGAGGCAGUCAAGGUGGACAUAAUUCGAACUCUGGAUCCAACUCAGGAUUCCGACCGGAAGAUGCUGUACAGACGUUCGGUGCAAAAUUAGUACCGUACGAGAAAAACGAGAUUUACAACUACACGCGGGUUUUCUUUGUUGGAUCACACGCGAAGAAACAGCCAGGAGUGAUCGGAGGAGCUAAUAAUGGUGGAUAUGAUGAUGAAAAUGGGUCAUAUCAACUUGUCGUUCAUGAUCACAUUGCCUAUCGUUACGAAGUUCUCAAAGUAAUUGGAAAAGGCUCCUUUGGACAGGUUAUCAAAGCAUUCGAUCAUAAAUAUCAGCAAUAUGUGGCAUUGAAGUUAGUACGCAAUGAGAAGCGUUUCCAUCGUCAAGCCGACGAAGAAAUCAGAAUAUUGGAUCAUCUUCGACGACAAGAUUCUGAUGGAACGCACAAUAUUAUUCAUAUGCUCGACUACUUCAAUUUCCGAAAUCACAAGUGCAUUACGUUUGAGCUCCUCAGUAUCAACCUUUACGAGUUGAUAAAGAGAAACAAGUUCCAAGGAUUCUCACUGAUGCUUGUGAGAAAAUUCGCUUACUCUAUGCUCUUGUGUCUGGAUCUUCUACAAAAGAACAGAUUGAUACAUUGUGAUUUGAAACCAGAAAAUGUGCUUUUGAAGCAGCAAGGAAGAAGUGGAAUUAAGGUCAUCGAUUUUGGAUCUUCAUGUUUCGACGAUCAACGCAUAUACACCUACAUUCAAUCACGCUUCUACAGAGCUCCAGAAGUGAUUCUUGGAACCAAAUACGGAAUGCCCAUUGAUAUGUGGUCUCUUGGAUGUAUACUUGCUGAACUUCUCACCGGAUACCCAUUGUUGCCAGGAGAGGAUGAGAAUGAUCAACUAGCUCUUAUCAUCGAGUUGCUCGGAAUGCCACCACCGAAAAGUUUGGAAACAGCGAAACGUGCACGCACUUUCAUUACUUCGAAAGGAUACCCACGAUACUGUACAGCGACAUCAAUGCCAGACGGGUCUGUCGUACUCGCUGGCGCCAGGUCGAAGAGAGGAAAGAUGCGUGGACCACCAGAAUCGCGAUCAUGGUCGACGGCAUUGAAGAACAUGGGAGACGAGUUGUUUGUCGAUUUCCUGAAACGGUGUCUCGACUGGGAUCCAGAGACUCGAAUGACUCCAGCUCAAGCUUUGAAGCACAAAUGGCUCCGUCGCAGGUUACCGAAUCCACCAAGAGAUGGUAUGGAUUCAAUGGGAGGACUCGCAGAUCACGAUAAAAAAGCGGAUUUGCCAAACAUUGACUCGAAUGCCAAUAUUUUGAUGCGGAAAAAGUUUUGA